UCCGUGAGUGGAACGUUAUGCUUGUAUGUUCUUAAAGAUAUAUCGGUGAAAGCCAUCAGCGCCAGACUAGUCGGGAGCCUAAGAAUACCGCGCGAUGAGCAUUCUGCAAAGUCUUACCAGGGAGGCAUUACCUUCGAGCGCAGUCAAACAUUGGCCAAGUCAAGAGACAACUCAUUCCUCAUGCCGCGAGGGAUGUAUGUGUUGCCAUUCGAGUUACCGCUGAGCCGGGAAAUGCCGGAGACCGUCACUGGUGUCGGUCACAAGUAUCAUUUAUACGAGGUUCAGGGCAUUAUAGUACAUCGAAACUCUCACCUAGACGUCGUUAGUGCGCAUCCCAUUCGGCUUCAUUACCUUCCUCACAUCCUACAAAGCGAUAUGCUCGAUCAAGUCGUCCCUUCAGUAGACGGGCUGAUAGAUGAGAGCAUGUGGUACCGGAUAUCGAUUUUCAGCACCGAAGUCCCUUUCGGAGCGACCUUUCCAGUCCGAGUUGAGUUUCAUGCACUGCAAAAGGAUUUCUCCCCGGGCAAAAUAACCCUCCAAGUCUUGGAGACACACCUACUAAAGGUUACCCCAACGGCUUCCGACUCCAUCACAUACAACAGCGUCCUGUCCACUAUCACACGAAAAGAGCAUGCGGUCGUGCGCGAAACGUAUGAGAAUCUUAAAUAUACCACCGCGCAGUCAUCCGAUCUUCUGGACUGCGAAUGGGCAGCCACAGCACUCGUUCAUCUGCCGCAGAAUUUCCAGGCCUGCACACAGGACCUGCAGACGGAAGUAAUUCAGGUGCAUCAUAAGCUGCAGUUUGAAGUCGAGUUCGAGGCUGAGCGUGCUCAGAGAAAAAAGGUAUGA